AUGGCAGGACAGCUGGGCCGGUUAAUGUGCAGAACUGGGGGACCACGAGAAUGGAAGUGGAGAGUGCUGGUCUCGGUGGUUGACAAUGUGAUCCUAUAUGGUUGCGAGGUGUGGGGAAAAGCAAUAAAAACAAGGAGGGCCAGAGAAAUGGUAGACAGAGUACAAAGAAAAAUUGCCUUAAGAAUAGCGACGGCUUAUCGAACAGUAUCUACUAAGGACCUAUUUGUGGUGGCCAGUACACCUCCGCUGAGGCUAAAGAUUUGGGCAAGGCAUGAAGGGAAGAGUAAAGCAGACAUACUCGAGGCAUGGGAAGAAGAGUGGCAGAUACGAGAGUCGUGGGCGAAGGAGGUGAUAGGGAAUCUGAAAAGUUGGGGCAUGGGGGGUGUACCUGAAAAGGAUAAGAAAGAGGGAGAGUGA